CUUAUGUGUUUGGUACUGGUUGCUGGAAGAUCACACUCAGCCAAUAGCUGGGAAGCUGUUUUUUCUCCAACAUUGUAGCUACAAAGAGAUAAGCAGCAACCAGUGGAUAUUGAUACCAGUCCAUCUCAACAUAUUUUAAAACUGCUUUUAUAUUACACCUUGGAGGUGGCUAUUUUUAAUGCAGUAGUGUCAUCAGCUGGCUGAAGACUAAACAUGAGAAUAGCAGGUGCUGCAAAGUUGGUAGUAGUUGUAGCAAUAUUUUUAUUGACGUUUUAUGUCAUAUCUCAAGUAUUUGAAAUAAAAAUGGAUGCAAACUUAGGACACAUAUUUGCUAGAUCAGCACUGGAUGCAGCUGCACGCUCUACAAAACCUCCAAGAUACAAAUGUGGGAUCUCUAAAGCUUGUCCUGAAAAGCAUUUUGCAUUCAAAAUGGCAAGUGGAGCAGCGAAUGUAGUUGGACCUAAAAUUUGUGUAGAAGAUAAUGUUUUAAUGAGUGGAGUUAAAAAUAAUGUUGGCAGAGGAAUAAAUGUGGCCUUGGUCAAUGGUAAAACAGGAGAACUAUUAGACACUAAAUUCUUCGACAUGUGGGGAGGAGAUGUGGCACCAUUUAUUGAAUUUCUGAAGUCCAUCCAGGAUGGAACAAUUGUGUUAAUGGGGACAUAUGAUGAUGGUGCGACCAAGCUUAAUGAGGAAGCACGGAAACUGAUUGCUGAAUUAGGAAGCACGUCUAUUACUAACCUUGGAUUUAGAGACAACUGGGUCUUCUGUGGUGGAAAAGGAAUUAAGACUAAAAGUCCAUUUGAACAGCAUAUAAAGAACAACAAGGACACAAACAAGUAUGAAGGCUGGCCAGAAGUUGUUGAGAUGGAAGGCUGUAUCCCUCAGAAACAAGACUAAAUGAAAAAAAAACAAAACAAAACUAAAGAAGAAAGAAUAUAGAAGAAAAUGCACUUUCUACUAUUAUUAGGGAGAGGGCUAUGAAGGAGACUGUACUAUAAAUAAUAUUUUUAAAGCAUGCAACCAUCUUGUCGGUGUGUGCAUGAGCACUGACAUUUUGAAUAUUGGGAUUAUUUAUUGCUAACACACAUAGAAAUCCUUUUUGUAAAUAUGUCCAAAAUAAAAGAAACAUCAAAUCAUUUCUAUGCAGGUUUCUUAAAAGCACAGUAUUUAGUUUGCCUGUGGUAAAAGGUAUCUUGUAGAUCAACUAGCUAAUAAAUUGCAUAUGAGAAUAAUAAACAGAUCCUGACAAAUGUUCUACUGUCCUCUUAACAGCGUAAUGUUGCUGUCAGUAUGUAACCUUUGUGGAAUAUUGUAGAUUUUAGUGAUAAGUUAAUAAAGAGCUUUAAUUUUUUUUAUCCUCUGCCUUUUUAAUGGCAGCAUCACUUUUUAUUAAAGCUAUUUGUUUAUUCUAA